AUGUCCAUCUUGUUAAACUUCCUCUUGAGGCAGCUGCGGGUUUGGCUCUCUGUCAAUGAGAGCCUGCUCACGCCCCUCAACCUGGAGAUCGACCCCAAUGCCCAGUGCGUGAAGCAUGAGGAGAAGGAACAGAUCAAGUGUCUCAACAGCAAGUUUGCCGCCUUCAUCGACAAGGUGCGCUUCCUGGAGCAGCAGAACAAGCUGCUGGAGACCAAGUGGCAGUUCUACCAGAACCAGCGCUGCUGCGAGAGCAACCUGGAGCCGCUGUUCAGUGGCUACAUCGAGAUGCUCAGGAGGGAGACUCAGUGUACGGAGGCUGACAGCGGGAGGCUGGCUGCUGAGCUCAACCGUGUGCAGGAGGCCAUGGAGGGCUACAAGAAGAGGUAUGAGGAAGAACUGGCCCUCAGGGGCGUGGCUGAGAAUGAGUUUGUGGUACUGAAGAAGGACACAGACGGUGCCUACCUGCACAAGGCAGAGCUAGAGGCAACAGAGUCACUGAGGGAGGAGACGACCUUCCUGCGGUCCAUGUACAAGGAGGAAAUCACCUACCUCCAGUCCCAGAUCUCGGAAACCUCAGUGGUGGUGAAGAUGGACAACAGCCGGGAGCUCGACAUGGACACCGUCGUGGCUGAGAUCAAGGCUCAGUAUGAUGAUAUCGCCAGCCGCAGCCGGGCAGAGGCUGAGUCCUGGUACCAGACCCAGUGUGAAGAGAUGAGGAUCACGGUGACCCAGCAAGGUGAGCAUCUUCGCAAAGGCAAGGAAGAGGUCAGUGAGCUGAACCGCAUCAUCCAGAGGCUGAGCUGUGAGGUGGAGAGCGCCAAGCAGCAGCGCCAUAAGCUAGAGGCCGCCAUAAUUGAGGCAGAGCAGCAGGGUGAGGCUGCCCUCACCGAUGCCCGCUGCAAGCUGGCUGAGCUGGAGGCUGCCCUGCAGAAGGCCAAGCAGGACAUGGCCUGCCUGCUCAAGGAGUACCAGGAGGUGAUGAACUCCAAGCUGGGGCUGGAUGUGGAGAUCGCCACUUAUCGGAAACUGUUGGAGGGAGAGGAGAGCCGGUUGUCUGGAGAUGGAACGGGCCCUGUGAACAUCUCUGUAGUGAAUUCCACGGGGGGCAGUGGCAGCAGACUCCUCUUCGGGGGAACCAUGGGCAGCAACGCUCUGAGCUUCACAAGCAGUGGGGGACCCGGGGCGCUCAAGGCCUACAACAUCAGGACCACAUCUACCACCCGCAGGGGCCCCCACAACUGAGCUCGUAUCGCCAAGCUUGUGGGCUUGGAGAGUCCCUGUACCCCUUGGCCCACACACAGGAGGACCCCUCCUGCACCAUGUCCCUGCCCUGAGACCGGAAGACGGCUUGAAACUGCUGCUGGUUUGAAUAAAGUUCCUCUCUGAGUGAGCGUCA